GUCAUAUUUUAAAAUCAGAGCAAAAUUUUGCAUGCAGUUGACGUCAGUUAUUAGUCAUCUCUUGGCUGUGCAGAAAGUAGGUGUAGUACAAGUGAAAAUUUUGCUGGUGUAUUCUCGUAUCACAAAACUAGUUAGUUAAACUUGAUCUCACAUUGAAUUUUGUAAAGAAUGGAUAAAGGGGAACUAGUUCAAAGAGCUAAAUUAGCUGAACAAGCUGAAAGAUAUGACGAUAUGGCUGCAGCUAUGAAAAGUGUCACUGAAACUGGUAUAGAACUAACAAAUGAAGAAAGAAAUUUAUUAUCAGUUGCAUAUAAAAAUGUAGUUGGGGCAAGGCGUAGUUCUUGGCGAGUGAUAUCAAGCAUAGAGCAAAAAACAGAAGGCAGUGAAAGGAAGCAACAGAUGGCUAAAGAGUAUAGAGAAAAAGUAGAAAAAGAGCUUCGAGAGAUUUGCUAUGAUGUAUUGGGUCUGUUAGAUAAGUUUUUGAUACCCAGGGCAAGCAAUGCAGAAAGCAAAGUCUUUUACCUUAAAAUGAAAGGUGAUUACUAUAGGUAUCUUGCUGAAGUGGCCACAGGUGAACAAAGGACAAGUGUUGUUGAAGAGUCUCAGAAAGCUUACCAGGAGGCUUUUGACAUCAGUAAAAGUAAAAUGCAACCUACUCAUCCAAUUCGAUUAGGUUUAGCAUUAAACUUUUCAGUAUUUUAUUUUGAAAUACUAUCAUCUCCAGAUAAAGCCUGUCAGCUAGCUAAACAGGCAUUUGAUGAUGCAAUAGCUGAGUUAGAUACAUUAAAUGAAGAUUCAUACAAAGACAGUACCUUAAUAAUGCAGCUACUUAGGGAUAAUUUAACACUUUGGACAUCUGAUACUCAAGCAGAAGAUGGUGAACAGCAAGAGAAUGCUGAUAAUUAAAUCGCUUUUCUCAUUCCUCAUUUUGGUUGUGUAUUCCAAAGCAGCCAUUGCUUUUUAUGUUUGAUAUGCUGUUUUGAAGUAUGGAAUCAGGCUGAAGAUUUUUCAGUUUGCAUGGAAGUGAGUUUCAUCAUUAACAUUAUGCUUUACUACUCAUCAAAUAGUAGUUUGAUUUUUUCCCCUCUUUAAGUCUGUAUACAGUUAACAACAUGGAAAGUGUUGACAUUUGAAUCUAAAGUGCAUUUCAGCAAAGCAGUGCCUCAUCAAGGGCUCAUCAAUCUAGCUUUGCAUGCUCAUUUCGAUUUUAGGAGUAGCCCUAGGCCAAAAAUGUCUAGAUAAUAGUCUGAUUAGGAACUAGUUAUCUGAAGCUACAAACUUAUUUUUUCAUACUUCUGAAUGAGAUGACUUUUCCUUCACUAGAUAUUUUUUGUGUGCUGAGGCUCAUAUAUUACUAUAGCACACAUGAAUGAAGAGAAAAACUACUCGACUAAUUUGAUACUGAAAUUUUACUGUUUUGUUGCUUUUCAAGCAGAAUUUAUCUUUUUUUUUUUUUUUAAGUCUAACAGUUGAUGCUGAUAUUGAUCAUUCAGUGUUAACUUUUGAGUACUUAAUAUUAAAAAGCAUAUCUGUAUCUUCUGUUGGACUUAAACUGUUGAUAAUGGAAUGCAUUAGCUAUUACCAUUAUAUACAGACUUAAGUUUUGAGAGUUUUGUUUUUGAAAUUUAUACAUUUGAAUUUUAUAUUGUGAUAUUUAUGUAGAAAUGUAAAUUUUGGCAAUAACUGAAUACAGCUCAACUAGUCUUAUUAAUUGAUGCACAGAAUUUUUAACAUUGUUGUCUUUUUUUGUAUAAUAUAAAAAUGCUGCAUGAAAAAAUGUUUAACAUCUAUGCACUAGAUAUUUCCUGUUAAUACAUUUUUUACAAUCUGAAAUGUUUGUAUGUGAGUUUUUGUCAGUUUUCAUGUUUCAGCAAAUUUGUUUUUAUAAAUCUUAAAACUUUAUACCUCGUUUUAGUUAUUUGAAAUGUUUCAAUCAAAUUGUAUUGUCCUUUUUGCCGUGAAAUGUAGCAAAUUAUUAUUAAAUUGUUCAUGAUAUUUAUUGCACUUCAGAACAUUAAAUUUUUGUUAUUCUGUGAUUAUGAAUGUUAAUAAAAAUGAACAGAA